CGCGCCAAUCUGCAGAAUGUAAACAAACUUUGGGGGUAACGUGCUUCUGAUUCUUUGAAUAGGCCUGUGUGUAGCCACAUGACUGUUAUUCUGGUUCCUCGGAUGAUUUGGGAAGGAUAUCUGUGAAUUUGCCGGCCGGAUUUAUCGCUUGAUGGUGAUAAUUGUUGUUCUACGUGUCGGACCACCAGGCCAGGCGCUGGGCCUUCACGUCCCCUGGGGCGCUACUUUGUUCAACCGGUCGACUGCGAAGAACUAAUUUUACCAAGUACAGCGACUUCUCCACGCCCAAAACGAACGGCUUCAGCUGAGUGGGCGGGACCAGUGCCAGAUCAUACGAGAACUCAAGAAGUUUCGGUUUUCGUGACUCCUCAAGAGUUUGCCAACAACAAGAAGACAGUUUCACAAGUGUUGAUGUCUUGUUCCUCCGGACGGCGCGGCUGUUGUUUUGUUUCUCUCGUAUCCGGUAGAUUUAUUCACAAGACAGGGCGCCUGAGUUCAAGUCCGUAUUCGUCAAACUUCACGGAGGAUUUCCAGCGAUUUAUCUUGUACAAAAAAAGUUGUUCUGAACAUACGUUAUGGUCGUAGUUUUUGUGGGACGGACAGCUUAUACGCCUGGAAGAAUUCAAGGCGCAAUCGGACAUGGCGUGGUUUCUACAUUCUUUCUUGAUCACCACAGUCCUGGUAUCACAGUGUACAGCUCUGCAAUUCACAACACAUCCACAGAGAAGGGAGGUGACAGCAGGUAACCCCACCACUUUUGUCUGCGGAGUACAGGACACUUCUGUCAACCCUCAGGUAGCCUGGCUGAAGGAUGGGGAGGACCUACCACCUGGUAACCACUACGAGGUCGACACUGCCAACUACACCACAGCAUUAACACUCAGUAGUCUGGAUUUCUCUCAGACAACCAUAGCAGACAGAGGGUUCUACAGGUGUAAAGCAUGGCACAGGGAUGUGGUCAUCUUCUCAGAGACAGCUCAACUGGUCGUCUUUGGUCCUCCGACCGUUACCAACCAUCCGAGGUCCCUGAAUGUGACCCCAAACACCCCAUUCAGUCUACAGUGUGCGGGGGCGGGGCCUCCAGAGCCAGUCACCAUCACCUGGUACAAGGAUGGGGAGAUCGUUGCAGUGGGCCUUCCCUCCCCAUCUACAUAUUCUUUUGCAGGUGUGACCACCAGGACUAGGAUCAGAUGUGUCGCUGUGAACAGGAAUGGACAAACUCCAUCUCAAUUCUCAACUGUCAACAUUAUAGUGGCUCCGUCCGUGCCAAGUAGUUUAGCCGUGUCUGACGCCACCUCCACCAGUCUGAGGGUGUCCUGGUACCUCAGUCAGGAUGGCUACUCUCCUGUCACGCAUGCCAUCGUAGAGUUUGCAGAGACCAGUAACAAGGGACCUGAUGGUUCUUUGCAAUGGAACAGAACAAAAGUAGAAAUAACCUCUCCAAACAGUGUUGUGAUACACAACUUGAAGCCUUACACAUCUUACACCAUCCAUGUGGCCUUGGAAAAUAUCGUCGGACAGUCUGGCUGGAGUGACUAUGUGGUAGGGAGAACAGCAGAGGGAGUGCCCAGUGCUGCUCCAGGGUCUGUCCACAUCCAGCCGUCAGGUUCUGGAGCUGACAUGGAGGUGUCCUGGAGUCACGUGGCCACUGCGGACGUGAACGGAAUCUUACAGGGCUACAGGGUGGGCUUCACUGAUGCAGCCACAGGCACAGAGAGGGUGGAGGAUGUCAGGUCGUCCAACUCUGUUGUCCUGCGAGGGCUGGACCCUACCACUAACUACAGCGUGCAGGUGUGGGCACGUACCCUGGUGGGGGGUGGGGUCAGGAGCAGUCCCAUCAUGCUCUAUGGUACAGGAUCUGGAGGUUCUUUCAUAGUUGGAUAUCCAGCAGAAGACACCUCCCCUAUUAACGACAUGGCCAGCGGGAACCAGUGGAGUGUGAAGAAGAUGGACUUGGUGAUCGGAGGGUCCAUAGCAGGGGUGAUCCUCACCAUGGUCGUGUUGACUUACGCCUGCUGUAAGUGUCACAGGAAAAGGAGAUCCAGCAAGGACAACAAGAGAGAUCCGGAGACAGCCAGCACUGUUCCCAUGAUGCAACAGAACACACCCAUCAAGUCCAAGGCUGCCAAGAGUUUCUCAAAGAAGCUUGCCGCUGAAGUGUCAUCUUUCCGCCUGUCCCCCGCUCUCACAGAGAGUGUGGUGAGCGUGCUGCUCAACAGGGAAAGGUUAGAAGUGGGGAAGGUUGUAGGAGAAGGUGAGUUUGGGUGUGUGACAGAAGCCAAACUGAGACUGGAGGGAAACAGGUACAUGACUGUGGCUGUCAAGACAAUGAAGAGUAGAAGCAGUAAACAGGAGGUAGAGGCCUUUGUCACAGAAGCUCUGAGGAUGAAGGAUUUCCACCAUCCCAACAUCAUGAGUCUGAUUGGUUUAAUCAUGGAACCUCCUGAGACAAGAUUUUUGCCAGUGAAGGCCAUGGUGGUGCUGCCCUUCAUGAAGCAUGGUGACCUUCACACCUUCCUCCUGCGCUCCAGACUCGCAGACAAACCUAAGUUUGUGCCAAUCCAGACCUUACUGAAGUUCUCCGUGGACAUUGCCAAAGGCAUGGAGUACCUGGGACAGAUGGAGUUCUUACACAGAGACCUGGCUGCAAGAAACUGCAUGUUGGAUGAGCAGCUUGUCGUGAAGGUUGCAGACUUUGGCCUGUCCAGAAAGAUCUACUGUGAGAACUACUACAGACAGGGCAGCAUGGUCAAGGUGCCGGUCAAGUGGCUGGCCAUGGAGAGUCUGGCCGACAGGGUGUACACCACACAGAGUGAUGUGUGGUCGUUUGGUGUGACCCUGUGGGAGAUCAUCACACGAGGAGCCACCCCCUACCCAGGCGUGGCGAACCACGAGGUGUACGACCUUCUACUCAAGGGCAUGAGACUACAGAAGCCUAGGGACUGCUCCGACCAGCUGUACCAGAUCAUGUACAGUUGUUGGAGGCUCAACCCAAAACACCGUCCGAGUUUUAACUUCCUGGUCAGGAGGCUGCACACCAUGUUGAGCGCCAUGCCGCCGCCCCCGUCCAUCGAUAACUCCUUCUACGAGAACACCAGUAACGUCAUCAAACUCACCGACUCCGAGGCCUGCUUCCAAGACACAGAGUGCUAGCAGUCGGCCUGGAUGACACUGAUGUACAAAAUAGCUACUCAAAAGUAAUAAACUUGCCACAUGCUAUCAUGAUCAUUAUGGUACAUGUACCUGUUUGGCUCAGGGCUCGAGCCAGCACCAGUUUUUCCGUCAAUGAGGCCAUGUCGAUUUGAUUAUAAUGAUGACAUCUGCACACGCAUGAAUUUUUGGCCAUUUCCAAAAAAAAAAAGUUUCAACCAUAGUGUAAAUCGUACAAAACAGUUGUAAAAUGAGCUAAUAUGUACCAUAAGUUGCAAAAAAGAAUAUUCAAAAAACGAUACCAAUGUCAUCAAAUGCCAAAAUCAUGCCAAAUGUCCCCCCAAAAUUACAAAAAUGUAAAGAAAUAAAUUUGAAGAGUUUGUAGAUUAUUUUCCAAACCAUUUGUGUCAUUUGUUCAACCUUCAUGACCACGUAGAUUUCAUAAUGAAAGCUUUAUUAUGCAAAACUUUUUUUUAUUCGCACGCACGCAUCAGUUUUGGGGUUCCCAGAGGAUGUCAUCCAUAUAAUCAAAUCAACAUGGCCUUAUCAGAAAUAUGUGGCGUAUGACGGAAAAUUUUUUAAACCAAUCCGUCAACCUUGAGGGACAAAAUCAACAAAAAUGUUGGGGAAAAAAUAUAUAAUAAAUACAUCCAAAGGGUCAGCAACAAUCACUCUCAACCCAUGAUUUGCCUCUCAAAAUGUUGAAAAUUGCAUUUUUGAAUGCUUGAUAAUCCAAAAAAUUCCUAGGGGGAGCAUGCCUCCACUAUAGAUUGCGAGUGCCUUUGGCGCUCCAACACCCACAUCCGAUCAUGAUCAUGGGCUGACGGAACAAAAUUUCAAGCUGGCUAGAGCCCUGGUUUGGCACCAAAUUUGUAUUGGCUAGUGGGUUAAUAUACAGUUUUGAUGAAGGGCUUAGCCAAGAUGACAGGAGUGCCAAAUUGUCUGUCAGUGGUUGCAAAGAAAUAUACAUGUAUUCAGUGAAAAGGAGCUUGGAAGUUAUCUUUGAUGGAAAUAGUUGUUAAAGAAAAGAAAGAUAUAGUUUAAGUCAGAGUACAUGCUUUAGGGAAGAAAUGUCUCGAAAUAUUUGUAAAAUUCAUUUCACCUGAGAGAAAAAUUAAAAGGCACCUUAAGGGUUACAGUGUAAUUAAAAUAACAGUACCGGUAAUUGCCAUACUUGUAACAUCCAAGGAGCUAACAUAUACUGCCAGAUAUAAGAUGUAAUACUCCUGUUGCAGUUUUUGUUUUUUUAUUCAUCCUAGGAUUAUUGAAAAUGUUGUUCCAGAUAGAGUGCAGUAAUUUUUAUAUAUGUGUCAAACUGUCAGAAAUACAUGUAAGCCAUGAUGCUCUGAAGUGAUGAGGGUAGGUUGGUGUUAGUGUGGGCUUGUGCAGUGUUUUUUUAAACAUCAUUUAAAAAUGAUUGCCUAGUAAUACACAUUGCCUUCUUGUGGGUGACUGGAACAUGAUUUAGCUAUAAGUACAUGUAUUUGUAGUCUAGGGCCCUUUUCCCACUAGGAUAAAACUGUACGGAUAAAGUCAAAUAGAUUGUUGACCAGUUUCCAACCUGUUCAGCUUGAUGUGGACAAUUGUAUCCUAGUGGGAAAAGGGCCUCGGUUAGUCAGUCACACAUGUUGCAUUGUAAUGAAAAUACAAUGAAAUGUGUGGAUAUGAAAUUCAAUGUACAAAAGUAUGUAAGUAGAGAGAUGAAUAUAUUAAAUUUUUGUAAUGAGGCAUUGCUUUGCAAAUGCUGCUAUAUGAGAUAGGACACUUAAUUUUUAAUAUGUAGAUGCAAAGGUACUGGACUUGGUAUACCCUCCUAUAAUCACAUACAUGUACCUUUAUGACUUAAAAAUUUUAUUUAACUUAGAACUUCGGACUUCAAAUCCUUUGUAUAUAUUUGUACAUUUGCAUAUAGAAUUUGCAGCAUUAUGGUGAGCCCGGACAUGAAUGUUUCUUGUAUUUGAAGAAGCUUCUAGUAUGCUUUCCUUACUUUUACCAAUAUCAACUGGUAGAUGGUACUUUAUUUAUAUGUAUUCCAAUUCCAUGUAAGGUCACACCAAUUUAAUUUCUUGGUUAACGCAUUCGCCCGCUUCAUUUUUUUCUGAUUUGCAAAAAAAAAAAAAAAAAUUCAG